AUGAAUUUCUCAUCCUACCCUCCCUUGUUCCGCCCACACCACAACGGCCAAUCACACUCGGUCGAGCAGAACUCUUUCGAAUUCGAUCUGGCUCCAUCCGCACGGCUUCCAGUGAUCGAUUUCGAGGCCCUCGACCGUGCACAUCUGAGCGAGGUGUGUCGCGAGUGGGGCAUGUUAAGGCUGACCAACCACGGCGUGCCCGCGGAGCUGCUGAGCCAGCUCCAUGACCACGCCAGCGAGCUAUUCUCGUGUGACUUCGAGUCGAAAGAGGGGAUUGUUCCCACCGCCCCUAUGCUCUACUUUUGGGGCAACCCUGCUCUCACCAUGUCUGCAAAUGCUCACCACAAAGCCCCUCCUUCUAACAACCACCACAACUGGCUUGAAGGCCUCAAUGUUUCACUCAACAACAUUUCUCAUUCCCAUUAUCAAGAUCCACUCCUUGAAUCUUUCAGGUGUUUACUAGAGGAAUACGGGAGGCAUCAAACAAGGCUGGCAAAGGCCAUAUUCGGCGCCAUGGCCGAAGACCUCGGCUUCUCGCAGCCCAAAUCAAUAUCGUAUCUAUCUCCGGCCACCGGAAUCAUACGCGUGUAUCGCUAUCUGCGCUGCCCGGGCCAAAGAUGGGGCAUCCCUGACCACACAGACAGCUCUGUGCUGUCCAUCAUCCACCAGGAUCAAGUGGGGGGGCUUCAAGUUUUGAAGAACAAUCAGUGGCUGGAUGUGGGCCCCAUCCAUGACACACUCAUUGUCAAUCUUGGGGACAUGAUGCAGGCGAUGAGUGAUGACAAAUAUGUAAGCGUGAGGCACAGGGUGAAGGUGAACAGGGCGAGGGAGAGGGUGUCGAUAGGGUAUUUCGUGUUCCCGGCUGAGGAUGGGGUGAUAGAGGCCUCCAACUACGAGCCUUUCACUUAUGCAGACUUCAAAGCUAGGAAUGAACUUGACCUCAAGAUCCAUGGUGCCAAGAUUGGGCUUCCUAGAUUCAGGAAGGAACAAUCUAUUUGA